AUGUCCUCUAUGAUCACGACUACAGCGUGGGUGCGACGUGGUGUCGCUGCCCAGUUCCCUACCAAAUAUGAGAUUGACGAGGCGGAAAUGGGCCGGAUAUCCAAGCUUGCGCGCAUGCAGCUUGAGGAUGCGAAGGAGGGUCUAAGCGCUGCUCAGGAUGAGGCUAUGGAUGAGGAUGGGAAGGAUGGUGCUGCUGAUGCUAUGGAUGAUGAUAAAGAAAAGAAGACCAAGGAAGGUGCCGAUGAGGAUGAUGUUCUUAAGGAAUUCGACAUGGACCACUAUGACAGCGAUGAGAAGGAUGAGGAUGGAGAGAAGAUCACCAUGUUCGGCAAUGUCCAAUCGCUUGCUUACCACCAGCCCAACGAGGCCGACCCUUACCUUGUGAUGCCCGAGGAUGAGGAUGAUGAGGAACGUGAGGAGCUGCAGAUCAUGCCCGUCGACAACCUUCUCUUAGCCGGAAAGGUUGAGGAUGAAGUUGCCCACCUCGAGGUCUACGUCUACGAAGACCGCGCAGACAACCUCUACGUUCACCACGAUAUCAUGCUUCCCGGUAUCCCACUCUGCUUGGAGUGGCUCGACAUUCCCGUUGGCAACAACCCCGACAACCGCACACAAGGAAACUUCGUCGCCGUCGGAACCAUGGAGCCUGACAUUGAGAUCUGGGACUUGGACGUCGUGGACUGCAUGUACCCCAACGCCAUCCUCGGCCAAGGCGGCCAGGACGCCGAGAAGGCCAAGAAGAAGCAGAAGAAGAAGGUCAAGGCCAACGACGAGUACCACAUCGACUCCGUCCUGGCGCUGGCCGCCAACCGAGCUCACCGUAACCUCCUCGCCUCUGCUUCCGCCGACAAGACCGUCAAGCUCUGGGAUCUCAACACCACAACCUGCGCGAAGUCCUACUCCCACCACAAGGACAAGGUCUGCUCACUAGACUGGCACCCAACCGAGUCCACCAUCCUCCUCAGCGGCAGUUACGACCGUACAGUGGUAGCAGCCGAUAUGCGUGCGCCAGACUCCCAAGCCCGCUGGGGUGUCGACGCCGACGUCGAGGGUGUCCGCUGGGACCCCCACGAACCCAACUUCUUCUAUGUCACCACCGACGCCGGCAUGGUCUACCGCUACGAUAUGCGCAACGUGCCCACCAGCCCAGCCGAGUCCAAGCCCGUCUGGUCUCUACAAGCCCACGACUCCUCCGUCUCCUCCUUCGACAUCAACCGCAACAUCCCCGGCUUCCUUGUCACUGGCUCAACAGACAAGACCGUCAAGCUCUGGAAUAUCGAGAACGACCGCCCCAACAUGGUUGUUUCGCGCAAGGUGGAGGUCGGCAAGGUCUUCUCCACUGCCUUCGCCCCUGACCAGGAAGUCGGCUUCCGCAUUGCUGUUGCCGGUAGCCAGGGCAAUGUGCAGGUGUGGGAUGCCUCAACUAACGGCGCUGUGCGUCGUGCGUUCGUGUCUCGCAUGCCUGAGUUCGCUAAUGAGGUUGAGGAGCGCAUGGUUGGUGUCACUGCUGACGAUGAGGAGUCUGAUGAUGAGGGUGAGGAGGAGGCUGAUGAGGGUGCGCCUCGUGGUGGCGAUGGCUGGGAGUCGAUGGAUGAAGACUAG